AUGAUUAUUUGUAUUUUCUUAUGUUUACUUAUUUCGUUUGUUCAUUCUUCACCGACAUCAUCAUCGCCACCGCUUUUAUUAUUAAUGUCAUUCGAUGGAUUUCGUUGGGAUUAUCCAGAUAUAUAUCAAUUGCCGAAUUUUAAUUCGUUAAUGAAACGUGGUGUUCGUGUAAAACAUAUUGAUAAUAGUUUUGCUACCGUUACAUUCCCUUCACAUUUUACAAUGAUAACAGGUUUAUUUGAAGAAACUCAUGGAAUUGUUGCUAAUAUCAUAUAUGAUCCAAUACUUAAUGCUUCUGCAACUGUUAGCACAAUGAAUGAUACGAAAUGGUGGUCACAAAAUCCAUAUUCUCAACCGAUUUGGGCGAGCAAUCAAUUAGCUAAAGAUUCGAAUCAACGAAGGUCAGGUGUCAUUGCUUGGCCAGGUUGUAAUACACCUAUCAAUGGGCAUUUACCAUAUAGAUAUGAAGCAUUUGAUUCCAAUCGUAAAUUUGAUACAGUUUUAAAGCGAAUUUUCGAAUGGCUUAACGAACCGAUUGGCACACGCAUUAAUUUUGGUGCUACUUAUCAUUCAGAGCCUGAUCUAACAGGUCACCUUUACGGUCCAAUCUCGUCUGAAAUGAAUAAAACAUUACAAGAAUGUGAUGAUUAUGUUGGACUAUUGUUAAAAGCUAUUGAUGGUAAUGAAUAUUUAAAACAGAAUCUCAAUGUUAUUAUAACUGCUGAUCAUGGAAUGCAUGCUGUGAAUAAAAAGCAUCAACUUUUUCUUGAUCAAUAUAUUGACAAAUCCUUAUAUUCAGUCUAUGGUAGUCAUUCACUUGCUAACAUAUUUGUUAACAAAGCAUCUGACAUCGAUCGUCUCUACGCAAAUCUAUCCAAAAUUGAAAAUUAUGAAGUAUACAAAAAAUCUCAAAUACCUGAUGAAUAUCAUUACAAAUCUAAUGUACGCAUUGGAGAUAUAUUAAUUGUUGGUAAAAUUGGUUAUCAAAUCGUUGUACCAGGUGAUGAAUCUUCUGAUUUACUUGGUAACCAUGGCUAUGAUAAUCGAGCUGAAUCCAUGCAUCCAAUAUUUUAUGGAUUUGGACCUGCGUUUCGUUCAAAUCUUCUAGCUGAGCCAUUUCGUAAUGUUGAUAUUUAUCCAUUGAUGUCUUAUAUACUUCGUUUGAAUCAACGUAAUACAAAUGGUUCAUUAGACAAUGUUAAACAUAUACUAGUUGAUUUUUCACAAGAAAAAAUAUCUCCACUUCUAAUUAUUUUUUUAAUUAUUUCGGUAAUUGUUAUGGCUAUUGUUUAUACAAUAUGUGCUUGUCGUCAUUCUCGGAAAUUCAUCUAUAUAGAGUCCAAUAUUGAACCUCAGCAAUAUUUUCUAUUAAACAAUAAUGGUGGUUCAACAAAUAAUUUAAUUGUCAGUGAAAGUGAAGAUGAACAAGGAAAUACAUAG